CGUCAACAGCAACAACGGUCAAAGGCGGGAGAGUCGAAGUGUGUCAAGGAUCAUAAUGGUCUUUUUCUAAAGUGGGAAGCACUUAUUUUCAGAAUGUCAGCUCAGAAACGAAAGGCCUCCGACACAGAGGAUUCUCCAUCCAGUGAGGAACCACAGCAAAAGUUCCUGCAUAGAGAUGCUAGUCCUUCUAAAGACGUAGAGAGCGAAAUCCAUGAGAUAAAGUCCAGAGUGAACCAGAAGCAAGAGGUUCUGCGCAAACUCCGAUUGGUUCGCAUGUAUCGCAACAAGCCAGAAAUGCAAGAUCUCGAUGCUGUAACAGCCAAGUGGCUCCAGGUGUGUCAGGAGGCAUUGCAAGACCUGCUCACCAAGGUCAAAGAACAGAUGAGCAAUGAGAUAGGGCAGGAGGAACUUACUCUUACACAGCUUGUCAAUAAGUUAGGCCUUGAUCCCGAGCUGCUGAUGUUAGACCCUGUAGAGGAUUGUUUUAUAACCUGAUAGUCUUCUCCCACCUCCCCCUCCCCCCGGAAUGAGAAUAAUGUGUCUGGGAGAGUUUUGAGGAAAAUAUAAAUUUAUAUAAAUUUUCAACAUGGUGAGAAAAAUGAGUUUGGAAUAGUCAUGAAAAAAACAUAAUUAGUUAAUCAUAGUUUUCUGCCAUGUUUAUUUUCAUACU